AAUUAGCAGUGCUACCGCUCAUCGGCGACCUCUAGCGGCUGCAGGAUAAAGAGCCCCCUCCUUGUGCAAGUUGAUUUACUUCGCCUUUAUUAAUGUUGAAAGGCAGUCCAAUGAGGCUUACGUCUAAUAUUUUCUACACAUCUUUCCUAAUUUGUAUACAUUUUUCGAAAAUGUCAGGUUCUAGCGAUGGUAAAUUCAUGUAUUUCGCGUUUGGAAGCAACUUGUUGAAGGAAAGGCUCCAGCUGAUGAAUCCCUCGGCUGUUUUCUACGCUACUGGCAGACUGAAGGACUACAAGCUGGACUUCGGCCUGUGGGAGAAAAAUGUGGAAACUGCAUGGCAUGGUGGAGUGGCCACCAUCGAGUCCUGUCCAGGUGAAGAGGUUUGGGGGGUGGUCUGGACUUUGAGCAAUGAAAACCUCUCAACCUUAGACAGCCAGGAAGGUGUGAGCCAUGGAAAGUACUCCCCGCUGGAGGUCUCUAUUGAGACUGAUCAGGGCGUGAUGCCAUGCAGGACGUAUCAGAUGAACAAUUUUCACGCCUGCCCUCCAUCUCCGCAGUACAAACAGGUGGUAUGCCUCGGCGCAGAGCAGAACGGGCUUCCACAGGAGUACCUGAAGAGGCUGGAGGCCAUUCAGACCAACAACUACAUCGGCCCGUCGGUAUUGGAUCAAAUUAGAGUCGCCUCAGAGCAGCCUGAAAUUAGUAACUGAGCAAAAACACACUGAUAAUGUAAUUUAUAUAUAUAAACAUACCGAUAUUAUAUUAGGAUGAGGCAUCGUCACUGUAAAAAAGGACAGUUUAACAGUUAGACUAGAGGAAGCUUAUUCUGUUUUAGCUGAUUAUCAAUAGAUUUACCUCCUGCUAUGUCUUAAUGCUAAUACCGCGUUUAAUCACAAGAGUUGGUGGGGCCCAACAUACAUUCUGAUUUAAUGUGUGACCCCAAGUUAUCAGAGGCAGUGGCACCCCCAGAAGUUCUUCACAGAGGGGGCCCACAUGGGUGUGAUUGCUGUGAUGUUGGACCAUUACUAAUUUAUAUUUCAGACUGACUAGAAAUGAGCAUUUAAAGUUGGACAGCCUACAAAUAGUUUCAAUAGUUUUAUUCUUUAAAAUAACAGGAUUUUUUUUUUUUCAUUUUACAAAAUGAAAAACAUCUCAAAACGUUAACACUAAAAACCUUUGUGAGAACUAUUUACUAAACAUUGGGUAACACUGAAGAAGUUAAAUCACAGACUACUGCUACAUGAACAAAACUGCAAUAAGCUGGUUAAAAUGCAGGAUGCGUUCGCUGACACGCGGACAACUCUGCUUCGGUCAUUACACCAACAACUUGCCACACCUGGGGUGGCCGAUGAUCAGUUGUCUUUGCAAAUGCUCUAACAACUUGAAAAUAUUUGUUCAAAUGAAUAAAUAAAAAUGAAUAAAUUGUUCAAAAGAA